AUGAUCUGGAUCCAGAUAGAAGGCCCUCGUCCUCCACAGCCGCAAUCAACAAGACUCAAGAGAUGGAGGUUGUUUCGCCGGCAGACGAACCAAGAAGCAAACUUAAGAUUGCAGCUAUUUUGAUAGCUCUGAAUGUAGCCUUGGAUCAAACAAUCGUGUCGACGGCAUUGCCAACCAUUGCUUCUGAACUACACUCUGCAAGUGGCUACACAUGGGUUGGCUCAGCAUAUCUGCUAGCCAACGCAGCCGCUGCACCAAUCUGGGCCAAACUGUCAGACAUCUGGGGCAGAAAGCUCAUUCUAUUGACAUCAGUAGCUUGGUUCUUUGUAAGCUCGAUUAUAUGUGCUACUGCUCCUAGCAUGUCCGUCUUGAUUGCUGGACGAGCACUUCAGGGUGUUGGCGGUGGUGCACUGAUUCAAGUUACCAUCAUCACUAUCUCGGAUUUGUUCAGUAUGAGGCUUCGCACUUUGUUCAUUGGACUUAUGGAGUUUAUGUGGGCUCUUGCUGGUGGCAUUGGCCCUAUUGUUGGAGGUGUCUUUUCUGAAUCUGUGUCUUGGAGAUGGUGUUUCUGGGUCAACCUUCCCAUCUCUGGAACAGCNUUUUUCCUGCUCCUCUUCUUCCUCGACGUUCACAACCCAAGAACAAAAGUGGUGGAAGGCAUCAUGGCAAUCGACUUCCUGGGCAGUCUUUGUGUCCUCGGAUUGACUCUCAUGUUGCUUCUUGGCCUUGACUUUGGUGGUGUGAUCUUCCCCUGGUCUUCGCCAAAAGUGAUCUGUUUGAUCGUCUUCGGUGUCGUAAUGGGUGGUCUAUUCGUCUUGAGCGAGAAGAAGUAUGCUCGUUACCCUUUGAUGCCACUGGGUAUAUUCAGCCACCCAAGCAACGUUGCUUGUCUCGUUGUUACCUUCUGCCAUGCUGAAUACUUCCUCCCUCUCUACUUCCAAUCCGUCAGACAAGCCACCCCUAUCCACUCAGGAAUCUACAUUUUACCAUUAACCCUCUGCGAAGCCUUCAUGGGCAUCAUGAGCGGCCUCAUCAUCCACAGAACCGGUCGCUAUCAAGAACUCAUCUGGGUAGGCAUGGCUUUGUGCACUCUCGGCAUGGGUCUAUACAUCUACAUCGACGCCUCCACACCCCUAGCCACAAUUCUAGGUCUGGAAGUCGUUGAAGGUUUAGGUGCAGGAAUGCUAUUCGAACCUCCGCUGAUUGCAAUGCAAGCGCUUGUCAAACAAGACGAUGUGGCUACUGCAACGGCAACUCUUGGGUUUAUUCGCAAUCUUGCGACUUCGAUGUCGAUUGUUAUUGCUGGUGUUGUGAUUCAGAACUCUAUGGCUUCGAGGUCGUCUGCUUUGCGCGCUGCUGGGCUUUCGCCUGAGCUUCUUUCUGAGUUUACGGGUGGAGAUGCAGCUGCGAACGUAGAGAUGAUCAAGAACAUUGUUGAUGUGGGACAGAGAAAUGCAGUCAAAGAGGCGUUCGCAUUUAGUUUGCAGAGGACGUGGAUCUUGAUGACGGCUGUGAGUGCGUUUGGCUUUGCAGCGAGUUUCUUUAUCGUGAGGAGCCACUUGAGCAAAGAACAUACAGAGACAAAGACGGGGAUCAAAGAAAAAGAGACACCAAGCACUUCU